CGCUCACUCGCAGGCCUGGGAUCAACAGCGAGCCUUGGUGGACGUCCUCCCCCCCUCCCCAAAUGAGGGAAGAGGCUUACUUGGAGGGAUCACCGUCAGCCACCUUGAACUUAGGUAACUGAAGGAGCACCAGACCUGGUGAGCUGACGUUUCCCUUGCAUCUCCAGAGAAAGACAAGUGCUUUGAGACCAUCCAGAGAGUUGAUGACAAGACCAUCCUCUGGGCGGGAAAAUGUUUGCGGUGGUGGUGUCUUCAGGGGUCUAAGUUCAGGCUAUCUUGGGACAAUAAAUGGCCCCAGGGUCAGAAGCAGGAAGUAUGACAAGCCAACCAUGAGAGGAAUCAGAACACACUGGAGAAUCUUCAGACACAACCAAAGCCCAGCUGUAGUCGGUCUGGAGUCCCAUAGAGUCUUCUAUUUGAAGGUGUCUUCUGUCUGAAGAGUUGUCCUGUCCAGGUGUGUGCUUUAAAGAUAAAAAACAGGAAGAACUGUGUCAAAUCAACAGUUCACCACUGGACAACAGACUGACCAGGCCUUCCUCUUCUGGGGCAUUUCACCCGUGGCCACCCUCAGUCAAAGCUCCUGACAAAAUGGAGACGUGGCGGCAGCGCUUCAGGGAGUUCUCCUACCAUGAGGCAGAGGGGCCUUCGUGUGUCUGCGCGCAGCUCCAAGGACUGUGCCACGCGUGGCUGAAACCGGAGCGGCACGGGAAAGAGGAGAUUCUGGACCGGCUCGUCCUCGAGCAGUUCCUGACCAUCCUUCCGCAGAACAUGCAGAGCUGGGUCAGGAAGUGUGAGCCGGAGACGUGCUCUCAAGCGGUUGCGGCCGCCGAGCAUUUCGUGUGGCUUCUGAACCUGCAGGGGCUGGUGAGCUUCGCAGACGUCACGAUUCGGUUCACUGAGGAGGAAUGGACUCUACUGGAUGAGGGCCAGAAAGUCCUGUAUCAGGACGUUAUGCAGGAGAACUGUGAGAACGUGGCGUCCCUGGGUGGGCACACUGUGCAAGUGAUCAAAGAGGAGAACUCUUCCUGGGAGGGCGAGUUACCACAGGGAUCCCUCCCAGAGGCCAUUCACUCGAGGGCCAAGACCUGUGAUGAUGGGCCCGAGUCAGAGAACUGUCUGAGCAUAACGUCCGAAAAGAGGAAUGGAGAUCCCUCUCCUGGUGAAGGUGGUUUCAUGGCCUUGGAUCUAGGUGGGCACACCGUGCAAGUGAUCAAAGUGGAGAGCCCUUCCUGGGAGGGCGAGUUACCACAGGGAUGCCUCCCAGAAGCCAUUCACUCGAGGGCCAUGGCCUGUGACGACGGGCCCAAGUCGGAGAACCGUCUGAGCAUAAAGUCCGAAAAGAGGGACGGAGAUCCCACUCCAGGGGAGUGGUUGGUGAGUAAGAACAAAGAUGAGGCUCGUCAGUGGGACACCUCUGAGCAAGGCCAACUGCAUGAAGCACCAAAGGAAGCCCCCAAAGAAAAUGUUUCCCAAAGUCGCAAACAGAAAAAGGCCACUGGGCCCAAGAGGCAAGAGGAAAGCAAGCCAGGGAGGGGGGUGGCUAAAUUAAUUCCUUUUGGAGAAAGCAGUGAAGAUCACAGCAUGAUCUCAGGCCCAGAGGGAACCUGCGAAAAUGAGAUAAAAGUUACAUUAACGGAAAGCGUAGAGGCCGUGAAUGUCGCUGCACGUCAGACCCGGAAUGAAAGGAAGAUCUACACCUGCUUAUACUGCAGGAGAGGUUUCAGCUUUAAAGGGAGCCUUGUGAAGCACAUACGGCUUCAUACAGGAGAGCAGCCUUACAGGUGCUUGGUGUGUGGGAAAAAGUACAAUCAGAAAUGUGACCUUCUUUCACACGAGCGAACCCACACAGGAGAGAAGCCUUAUACAUGUGCAGACUGUGGUAAGUCUUUCAGCUUGAGCAACAACUUUAGAAAACAUCAGAAAAUCCACACAGGAGAGAAGCCCUAUAAAUGUACGGGCUGCGGAAAGUGUUUUCACCAGAAAGAUAACCUCGUUCAACACGAGAAAACCCACUCGGAGGAAAAACCAUUUAAAUGCUUGGAAUGUGGCAAAAGUUUCCGACGGAGACCGAUCCUUAUUUACCACAUGAGAGUCCACACAGGUGAGAAACUGUAUGAAUGCCCAGUCUGUGGGAAAUGUUUCACUCAGAACUCACUCCUUACAAUACAUCAGAAAAUGCACACAGGAGAGACUCCGUAUAAAUGCUCAGAGUGUGAUAAGAUAUUUUCACAUAGAUGCAAACUCAUUGCCCAUGAGAGGACCCACACAGGGGAGAAGCCGUAUAAGUGUUCAGUCUGUGGGAGAGGCUUCUGUCAGAAAAGCCAACUUGUUGUACACUGGAGAAUUCACACAGGCGAAAAACCACACACGUGCCCAGAGUGUGGGAAAAGGUUUACAACAAAGUCUCAGCUCAAACAACAUCAGAAAACGCACAGUGGAGACAAACCAUAUACGUGUUCAGACUGUGGGAAAAGCUUCUAUAAUAAAAAUAGCCUUGUUGUUCACAUGAGAAUCCACACAGGAGAGAAGCCAUACAAAUGCUUAGUCUGUGGGAAAAGUUUCACUCAGAAAGGAAGUCUCACUGCACAUGAGAGAACCCACAGAGCGAAGGAAGCACGGAAAGUGAGGUAA